AUGCGCCUUCAAUCGUUUCGCUUCAAAGUCGUCCACAUAGCGAGGAAAAUCAAUAUCGAGGACUCACUCUCACGGCUUCCGCAGUUCAAGAACUGCACAACCUACGAUCGAUUCGGUGAGGAAGCAAUUCUUACCGUUACGGAACAGGCAAGUCCCGUGGCACUGUCGGUGGAAGAUGUAAUCCGUCACUCAUUGACGGACUCUUUGCUGGCUGCACUAAAGGAGGCUAUGUUGACAAACCGUUGGACCGAAGAGUUGAAAAAGUUCGCACCAUUUAAAAACGAAAUCUACAGCUGCAACGAAACGGUAAUGCGUGGUGACAGAAUGAUUAUACCUCAGAGUCUACAAAAGAGAGUUCUGACACUGGCGCACAUUGGACAUCCCGGUAUAGAGCGAUCAAAGCAGCGUUUAAGAUCUAAAGUGUGGUGGCCGUCUAUGGACAAGGACGUGAAAAAAGCUGUACGAAGUUGUUCAGAUUGCCAGAUUGUGGGAGGAACUUCACCACCGGAACCGAUGGCAAUGCGAGAAUUGCCUGAAAAUCCAUGGGAAACUUUGUGUAUGGAUAUUCUGGGUCCUCUGCCGUCUGGAAAAUCUCUUUUAGUCGUCGAGGAUCUGUACAGCCGAUUCAGAGUAGUGUAG